AUGGCGGCGGCCUUGGAGAGCGCCCUGCAGGCGGCCGGGCCCGGGCUCCGUCCUGAGGCAGAGGCGGUGGACGCCGUGCGGGCGGCCCUGGCUGCGGCGGGGGAUCCAGCGGCACUCGGCGAGCGAGAGCGGGCGCGCCUCGGCGCCUUCUUGCGCAACCUGGCGGCGGGGCCGGAGGAGCCGGCCGGUCCGUGGCGGAGCCUUUUCCUGGAGGGCCCGCCCGAUCUCGCCUUCAGCGCGCUGACCGACAGCCUGGCGGCCCCGCGCUCCGACUGGCGGCUGGCGGCGGUGCCCGAGGUGUUGGAGCGGUUCCUGCGGCAGGGCCGCCUGUCCGCGCUCAUCUGGGAGCAGUGCCAGCAGCAUUCCCGACCCGGCUCGGCCGAACGGCAGGACGCGCUGCUGGGCAGGAUCGUGUGUCUGCCCGACCUCGUCGGCAACAGCCUCCUGGGCCGGAGCCCCGCCGUGUUCUUCCCGCAGCAUUACUUCCCUCUGCUGGGCGGCGCGGUUCUCCAGGUGCUGCACAACGUCUCCGCUUCGCUCAGAGGUGGCCUGGAUUGCUCAGUCUCUUUCGUUUCACAUAUUCUGGGAAAGGUCUGUGUUCAUGGGAGACAAAAGGAAAUUCUGAGUGUUUUGAUGCCCCACCUCAUGGAUCUCACCAAGUCUGACUGCAUCUGGCAAAGAAUUUGCUGGCGGUUGGUUGAGUGUGUGCCAGACCGCUGGAUGGAGGCAGUGGUCCUUGGUUUUGUUCAGAGAGCGCCGGGGGCAGAUGUCUUGUCUAGAUUGCUGGGGAAUCUGGUUGUGAAAAAUAAGAAAGCUCAGUUUGUCGUGACACAGAAGAUGCUGCUGUUGCAGUAUGGCUGCACGACUGCAGUGCUGCAGAAUCUUCUUGGCUAUCUGUCCCUGGAGAGCCUUCGUCGUGCCUUACUGAUCAAGGUGCUGCAAGAGCUGUUGGAGACCUGGGGCAGCAGCAGUGCAGUGAAACACUCUCCAGUGGAGCAGCAGCAGUAUAUUAGUAAGGCCAUUCUUAUCUGCCUUUCUCACCUGAAGGAACCCGAAAUAGAGAGCUGCAGGCAAGAACUUCUCACGAGCAUGAUGGAGGGCGUGAAGUGCCACCUGGACAGCAGCCUGCCUCAGAUACGGCGCCUGGGGAUGAUAGUGGCCGAGAGCAUCAGUUCAAAGAUUAACACGGAUGGGCCCGUCCUGCAGUUUCAGUAUGAAGAAGAUGAUGAAGCAAGAGAGCUGAAGUCCCUUCUGGUACAAGCUGCACCACUCAGUGUCCUUCCAGGUCUUCCAGACAAUAACAGGAAUGAGAAUGCAGAUGCUGCACUGCCACCAGUAUUGGAAAGUAAUGGGAAAUCACCUACAGCAACGACUCAUGUGAUGCCAGAUGAGGAGUCAGAUGCUGAGCUUGACAGUGAUGAUGACCUGACACCUUACGACAUGUCAGAGGAUAAAGAACUGAAGAAGACUAAGGCUCCAGUGUAUAUUCGAGACUGUAUUGAAGUCCUGACAGGUUCUGAAGAUCUGGACAAGUGGGAAGAAGCUGUCAAGGCUCUUGAGAGCUUGGUUCGGAAGAAUCCAGCGGCAGCAAGAGAGGUUAGUGUGGAGCUGGCAAAAAUACUGUUGCAUCUGGAGGAGAAGACCUGCCUGGAAGGCUUUGCAGAGCUCCGUCAGAAGGCACAAGUAGCUGUUUUAACCACUGAUCCAAUACCUGUAGCACAGUACUUGACCUCCCAGUUCUACUCUCUGAACUACAGCCUUCGUCAGCGCAUGGAUAUUCUCGAUGUGCUGGUUUUAGCAGCUCAGGAACUGUCCUGUGCCAAAGGCCAUGGGAAGACCAAAAAUUCUGGUGCCCAAAACCCUCGUAUCCAGCUCCUUCCUGAGAGUGGCAGCUCCAAGGACUGGAGAAGAAUUGUUGAUGAGAGAAUCAAAAGCAAGACGAGGAGGUUUGCUAAGGGGCAGUCUCAAGUGGAACAGCCUUCGCAUCCAAAUGAGUUCAAUUCUCUUGCUGGACACUUCUUUUUUCCGUUGAUCCAAAACUUUGACAGACCUUUGUCAACGUUUGAUCUCCUGGGGGAAGAUCACUUUGUCCUUGGAAGACUGGUCCACACUUUAGCAGUCCUGAUGUACCUGGCUGUCAACACCAUGGCAGUUACUGCAAUGGGAAAGGCACUGCUGGAGUUUGUUUGGGCUCUGCGUUUCCACACUGACUCGUACGUGCGCCAGGGGCUGCUGUCCUGUGUCUCCUCCAUACUCCUCAGUGUCCCUGCAGAGCAUCUUCUGCAAGAUGUGACAGAGGAACUUGUGGAGGCUCAGUCCUGGCUGGAAGAUGUGGUAGAGAAAGAUCCGGAUGGGGACUGCAGGAGGUUGGCCUUGCAGAACUUGCUACUAAUGGAGAACCUGAAGAAGAAACUGGAAACUGCCCCGUCCUAGCUGAAGGGUAAAAGAAAUGACCUUAACCUCAUCCUCUUGCCAGCUGGACUUGUGUAGGCACUGCUGGGGCCUCUUCAGCAGUCACCUGGCUGGAGAAGAGGAAGAAGGGGGAAGGGCGCAGUGCUGUAAGCCAGCAAACCUGACUUGACAUCUGGACUUUGUAGUGGAGGCCAACUUAGUGAGCUAUUGCUAUCCGGUACGGGGUGUACAGAUGCAGGAAGGCAGGCGAGCGCUGCCAUCCUCCCCUCGCCCCCAGCCCCCACCCCAGCUAUUUAUAACCUUGGCAGGUUUGAAUGCUCUGCUAAAAAUACAGGGAAGAUCUCAUAGCAGACUUCUUGUCAGAAAAACAGGAGGGCUGGAAGCAGCCACUUACCUCGCAGGGCUGUCUGUGACAUCCCCUGACAAAGGCUCCCAUCCUCUGGCAGCAUUGGAGGGCUGCUGCUUCAAGGGGGAGGUGGUGUAGGGGAUGACCCUGAGAGAUGGAAGCACUGAAUAGCUGCAGCAAAGUUCUGAAAUGAAUUGCCAGGGCUUAAAGGUUUGAGUUAGAGCUGCACUGGGGUGAGUAAGGAACAAAGUAAUUAUUUCUGUAUAAUACGCAGACAGACAGGAGAUUCUUCUGAAGUAACUGAGGACCAGAUUCUGAUCUUAAAAUGUUCCUUCACCUUUCUUCCCUGAGCGCAUACAAUUCAAGGCUUUCCUGGUCACACCAAAAUUUGGCACAAAGUCAUCAAAAAAAAAUCACUGCAAGCAGAAGGGCUCAUUAAUCUGACAGUUCUGUGCGUGACGCUUUCAUGGGGCACCGUAAGACACUGAAAGCUCAGUGAGCCCUUGGUUAUUGAUGUUGGCUUUAUGUUCCAUGCAUGGCUGUGGUCCCGUUUGUGCCAGAAAGAAACUUCCAUUCUAAAAUCUGACAUGCACAGAGCAGUGAGAGGCUUUGCUGGCUGCAGGUGACCCUGCUUGGAGACAGUGGGGUGUGGGACCAGAUGACGUCUAAGGCUCCCUUACAAACUCAACCACUCUACAAUUCAGAGGCUUCAAGUCCAGCUUUCUUGUAAACCACAGCUCCAGCCUGGAUGAGCCUAUAAUAUUGAAAUAAAGCUUUGAGGUGAGGAGAGCAUGCAGUAGAAGGGCAGUGGUUUGACUUCUGCCCAAGCUCCUGGCCACGUGGAACUGAGAUUGUUUUCUGAAGUUUGCUAAGGAAAGAGAAGUAUGUUGGCACCUGUACCUGAGAAUUUGGCCAGCUCACAAUUUUUCACCUUACUUCCUCCUCAAACAAGGCCUGAGCUUGCAAUGUGCAGCUCUCUUUUUAAACUUUUCUUUAUUAAAAUACAAAAACUAGAUUCAUACCAGGCUAGGUACAGUCUGCUUUUUGUAUGUAGUGUUUAAAAUAAUCCAUCACUGUUGAUUAUAGAGUCAAGCAGAAAAAAAAUAAAUUUCUUGGUAAUAAUCAAAAGAGUCUGCUGCAGCAGUUUGCUGACUGAUCUGUGACCCCUAAAGACUACAGAAUAAACGAUGUAGUGCUCAGCCUUGGUGCUGCUAACUGUGAGGUGUCAGGGCCCUUCCACUUCAUCAGCCACUUCUUCUUCCACGUCCUUGUUCUCCGUGCUGCUGUGCUGACUCUGCUCUGGAAGCAAGGCUUGGCUGAUGGGAAUUCCUGCUCCUUGGUGAACCGCCUCAAUCGUCUGCUGCUUGACAUAGUAAGCCAGGUUUGUGCAUGGAAUUCUUUUCCGCAUCUGUUCCAGGUACUGGUAAGCCUAGAGGAAAGCACAGAAAUCACUGUUAGAGGGAGGAGGGUGUGCUGCUUCUACAGCUCCCAGCAAAAAGGUGAAAAGCAUCCAUCCUCAGAGCCUGGCUGAGGAGCUCUUCAGUUGACAAAGUGUGCUGGUGUACAUAAAGUUUGGGCUCUUCAGCGUGUGAGAGCUGAAAAUUAACUUACCACAUGGAAUUCCUCCACUUGUAAAUAAUGUUCAACCAGAAAUCCCAGGACAUCGCCCUGCCGGAUGGUGUCGUCAAGAUCUUGUUCAGCCAGGAGAAGUUCGCACUGUCUGACGGCUUCUCUGGGAUCCUCGGAGUAAACCCUAGCAAAAGAGCAAACAGAAAAAUCGUGUGGGGGAGGACUUUCAGCUUGCCACGUGAAGCACGGGAAAGAUUUUUGUACUGUGCAUUUGAUAAUCAUCCAACCAAAGAUGGCUGUGGUUCUCCAGGUCAACAGUUACUCAUAUUUCUGGUUAUACUUUGGUCUCGAAUGCCAACAUAGCUUUUAAAAUCACCUCUGGUUCCCUGCUACAACUACUUAUAGAAGUGUGUCUUCUGCAAAUGAUUUAUUGAAUUGUGAGUGUUUUCCUCUUGCAUGAUACUUUUGUCAUUAGUCUGUAUGCUCCAAACACAGCAACUCACCUCCGAGCGUGGAUGAAUCGCUUUAUGAGAGCCAUCUUGCUUUGCAAAUGUGCUAGCUUGCUUUCCUGUUCCAGAGGGCUUUUGGUCUUUGCUUUUGAAAGACAUUUAUAUGCUUCUGUCAGUGCUCCCUGUGCUUUCUCAUAGUUCUGAUACUCAUCAAUUUCCACCUGCAGGAAGGGAGAUUCAGAUGAGGCUCUUACUGCACAGCUAACAACCUAAACACCUUGAAGAAUGACAGAAGCUGGGUGUACCUGAGCACACACAUCGUAAAAUCCUGCCAACAGAUCCAGGGCCCUCCCUUUGGUGUAGAAGCUGAUGAUGUUCUUCAUAAUCUCUGGGUCCUUACGCCAAUCCAGUGACUGCAAAUAGUUGGCUGCCAUGAUGUAAAUCUCUCUCUGUCUAGAGACUCCCGCAAAGAAGACAAUUUUCUCUGUGUCUCCAGAUCUCAGCAGUGCCUUCAUAGCCUAACAAUGGAUGGGGGUGGGAGGGCAGAGAGAGCAAAUAGAAUACAAAAAUCAAAUACAAAAAUCAAACAAUGCUAAAAUGAUUGGGAAGCCUCCUCUGGACAGCCUACUGACUGUUCCAAGACCUACCUCUCAAAUCACUCUUGUAAAACUGUAUAAAGGUGAGAGGCUCAGCCUCCUCAGCUGUUUUUUCUACCUGUCUCAACUGACCUUUAACUUAUUUCCAGCUUGCGUGUACUUCUUGGUUGCCAUGUGGUAAUUGCCUUGUCUCAUGCAGCAGUCUGCAAUUUGCUCCAAGAGUUCUCUGCGGGACUCCUCAGAGAGGUCCUUGGAGUCCUUAGAGACCGUCAUCCGCUCAGCCAUCUCCUCUGUGAUGGUCAGGUUCUGCUUCAGACACAGCUGCAGAGCUUCGUGGUACUAAUGGAAAUGAGAAAGCAGUGAGCUGCUGCAAGCACUGCAGUGUGAUUUCACACUGUCUGUGGUGUCACUUUUAGAAAUCAGCUGUAUGAAGGCACAAAUGCAAGCAGAUGAUUCUCUAAUUAGAACACUUGUGCAAAGUGUCCUAACAGCAACUCAGAUUCAAGCAUACACUCUCAUUUUUUCUGUAAGAACAUGAUUUCUCAUCUCUUUUCUCAGAGGACAUCAUUAAGUGGCAGAAAGAUUUAUCUAUUUUUUCUUUGAGUGUGAUGCUACCAGAGACAUCUGAGUCAGAUUUGUUUGGUGUGGUUGAUUACGUGGAGGUUUUUCAGCAAAUACAAAUAAAAGGAUACAGGUACUUUGAA